GACAGCGACCACACACAACUGCUGGAUUUGCCUACUAACCACGCAAAACAGCAUCCUUCAACAUGACGAUCCGCUCGUACUCCAAGACCUACAGGUCGCCUCGUCGUCCUUUCGAAUCCGCUCGUUUGGACACUGAGCUUAAGCUCGUCGGCGAGUAUGGACUCCGCAACAAGCGUGAGGUCUGGCGCGUCCAGUUGACCUUGUCCAAGAUCCGUCGUGCUGCCCGUCUUCUUCUUACUCUCGACGAGAAGGACCCCAAGCGCCUCUUCGAGGGUAACGCCCUCAUUCGCCGUCUCGUCCGUGUCGGUGUCCUCGACGAGUCCCGCAUGAAGCUCGAUUACGUCUUGGCCCUCAAGAUUGAGGAUUUCUUGGAGCGUCGUCUUCAGACUUGCGUCUACAAGCUCGGCCUUGCCAAGUCUAUCCACCACGCCCGUGUCCUCAUCCGCCAGCGUCACAUCCGUGUUGGAAAGCAGAUCGUCAACGUCCCCUCUUUCGUUGUCCGUCUCGACUCCCAGAAGCACAUUGACUUCGCUCUCAGCUCGCCCUUCGGUGGAGGCCGCCCCGGCCGUGUCCGAAGAAAGAAGGCCAAGGCCGCCGCCGGUGGUGAUGGCGAGGAUGGUGGUGACGAGGACGAGGAGUAGAUCAUACGCCCAAAAGCAUGACGAUCAACAUCAACAAUUUUGGAGUACCUGGGUUAUUCAUGACGGGAUGAUUUUCCGGGGCGGGCAAAACGGGCUCCGACGAAAAAUGGGGAAUAUCCAGCAUGCGCGUUUCAUUAGGUGGAUGAGGUUCACAUACCCAGUGUGUAAAAUGCCUUUCCAUACCAAAGAAAAUAUUCAAUUGCAAUCCAAGUCUCCACUGUCUCUGCCCCUCACGUCGUGACUCGCUUAAACUUUUCGAAAUACUGUAUGACUUAUCAAAGUAUCCUAAUCAUUGGUCAAUUGGAAACUUCUUUUCUUGAUAUUGAUCAUAUGUCCACCCCACACACAGCGCCGCUGGUCUCAGGUAUCACUUCACUUAG